CGAUAGGGCCUCGCCGCGAGUAGUACCACCACUGGAUUCAUCAUAAAAAAAAAAUAAAAUAAAGAAAAGUGCCAGUGGACUGGACGAACGUAAAACAAUUCCCGACGCAUUAACCGUGGGCGCAGAUUUCAACUUUAGCUGACGGCCCCCAAUAAUUCGAUGUAUUCCAUGUUGUAGUGCCACGCCUCCCGCGAGUCCCCGCCCCUUUAGGUCGAUAAAACAGCAUUAAAGUUUACAGAAAAUCGAAAGAAAAAAGAUCAACAAAAAGUAGCGAGAUGGCUGGCCAACAGCUGGCCUUGAUGCUAAAUCCCAAUCCGAAUACCCCGAAGGCCCUCUACGCCCUUUCGCUAGAGGCCCUUAUCGGCAGUAUGAACACCAAGGUUCCGGCGCUGGACAGGAUCAACCGACUGACGGAGCUGCCGCGCAACCUGCUCAUCGAUGUCUACGAAAUGAUGUCGCAGCAGGAGUCCUUGAAGGACACACUGCUGGAGGAGUUGGCCCAGCUGGAGGUGUUUACGCGACUCGUUCGUUACUCGGCUGCCCGCAGCAAGUUGCUGCGCAUAAUGGCUGCCCUUAUGGCCAGCAAAAAGAUGCUGGCCAAACGACUCAGCGAAAACUAUGUGUCGCGCUACUGGACCCCCGGACAUGAUGAUGAUGAUGAUGAGGGUGACGAAUUGAAUCAGGAAUCGGUUGACUUGGACAAGAGCCAUGAUCAGGCCCCAUCACUUGAUUCCUCACCGAAGCCGCAGCCGGAGCCCAGCAAGCUGCACAUUUACGAUGGGGAAACGGAGGAGGACGGCUCUGGUGCCAGCUGUAGCGAACAGCGCAGACAAUUCAUCACCAUAGAAGUGGACGCCAAAGUCCUACAACCCCAGUCCCAGUCCGAACUCAGUGUGAUCAACAAUUUAGACCUCGAGGAGUUGCCCGCUUCGGAGAUGCAGGUCAUCGACAUGGGCUUGCGCCUCGGUUCGUUCCUUUCGGAGGCCGGAUGGAUGCAGGAGAGCAUCACCGUGCUGGAGUGCCUCAAUGGAAGACUGAAGCGCCUGCCUCCCCACAAACACUGGCUGGAGAUGCGUCUCGACUGUCUGCAGCGCCUCCUAUAUGCAGAGUCGGCGCAUUGUAACUUCAAGCUGGCGCAGCGCACCUACAACGAACUGAUCGGUCUGAACAGAUCGCUCAAUAGCCAGGUGCCCGCCCAACUGGUGGCCAUGGCCUACACACAGAUUUCGGCCAUGUACUUUGCCCGCAACGAGUACAACCACAGUCACAUGUGGAGCGGCCUGGCCAUGCGAUUUCUGAAGGGAUCUGCUUCACCGCGCAUCACCAUCGACGUACUGCGCCAGGCGGCCAGGGCCUGUGUCGUCAAGCGGGACUAUGCCCGUGCCAAUCUGCUCAUUUGCCAGGCGGUGCGACGCGCUCGCAAACACUUUGGACUUAAGCAUCAGAAGUACGGCGAUGCCCUGCUGGACUACGGAUUUUUCCUACUCAACGUGGAUUCGGUGUUUCAGUCCGUUAACGUCUACAAGGAGGCGUUGGCCGUACGCCGUGGCAUCUUUGGCAACAUGAACUUCCAUGUGGCCAUUGCGCACGAGGAUCUGUCGUAUGCCUACUACGUGCACGAGUAUAGCACGGGUGACUUUAGCUGUGCCCAGGAUCACGUGGAUAAGGCGGUUAAUAUCAUGAAGAAUCUGGUGCCCAGCAAUCAUCUGAUGUUGGCCUCGGCGAAGCGCGUUAAGGCGCUGCUGCUGGAGGAGAUUGCGCUGGACAAGAUGGCCGAUGGCAUGGACGAAGAGGAUCUGCUGCAGCAGUCCGAGGAGCUGCACAACUUCGCCCUGCUCCUCUCCCUCGAAGUGUUCGGCGAGGUGAAUGUGCAGACGGCGAAGCACUACGGAAAUCUGGGGCGUCUAUACCAAACAAUGAAUCGCUUCGAUGAGGCGGAACGAAUGCACCAAAAGGCGAUCAAAAUCAAGACGGAUCUGCUGGGUGCCUUCGACUAUGAGGUGGGACUGUCCAUCGGCCAUUUGGCCUCGCUGUACAACUAUCAAAUGAAGAAGUAUCGCGAGGCCGAGACGCUCUACCUGCGCAGCAUUGAUAUAAGCCUGCGUCUGUUUGGGCACUCGUACUCUGGGCUGGAGUAUGACUAUCUGGGUCUGUGCCACGUCUACGAAACGUUGCACGACUUUGAGAAGUAUUUGAAGUAUGCAAACACGCUGGAGAACUGGCAGGUGCUGCGUGGCCAAAACCUCACACAAAACAAAUCCAGCUACCCCGCCAUCGAGGAGGACUAUUCCAUUACGGAGGUCAAGAUCAAGUUCGUCAGCAUGUGUGCCUGCAAGAAGAGUCCAGUCCAUUUGCAGUCAGCGUCAUCGGUGGUGAAUUUGAACUGAGAUGGGGCUUUGGGAGUGGGAGCGGAACUCGAAAUGCGACUGUCAGCGGAAGAAGAUCAAGUACGAGUUGCACCCGUUCCCGCUCCCGCUCCUGCAUCCGCACCCCCACCCGUACUAGCAAUAGCAAUCGCAAUAGCACCCACCCCCCGGCAUCGGAUGGCACAAACUGUAGGCCAAACUGCAGCAGGAGCGGCAACGGUGACAGAGGCGGCAACAUCUGCAGUUUGUCAUAGAUAAUUGGACCACGUUGAUUAUACAGAUAGAUAGAUGGAUGGAUGGAUGGAUGGAAAAGUGGGGAAUAUCGAGGUGGUAGGUGGUCGGUCGAUCGACCUGUGUGUGUUCAUAAAGGAUUUCCAAGUGUAGUUUAAUAGCUUAUUUCGAACGCUCGGUCGGCACCUAAUCAUCACCACCGCGCUCUUUUGAAUGUCUCGUUUUAUUUUCUUUGUCAUUUCCAUCGAAUAAACCGCACACGGCUCUACCAUAUGGAUUAAGUCGCACCGAGUGUGGGUCAGUUCAGCUAGCUUGCCGUUGUGUUCCAGCCGUCAUCGAAUACGUCCAGUACCCUUAGAUCCCACUGUUUACGAGGAUACCCAGUCGUCCUGUUCUUUCCGUCAGAUUUUCACCUAGGCUUAGAUGUAGUAGUAUUGUUGGAGCUUCGGUUACACCCCGCUGAACGGGAGAUCGUUGAGCAAAUAUUUUUUUUUUUAUUAUUAUUGUGUUCUUCACGUUUUGGUCGAUGUACAAACGUUUAAUUUUUAACGGAUUUCCGCCUCUAAUAAUCUACUUUUGUAUUUUUUUUGUUGUUUGGAAACUAGAUGAAUAUGCCAAUCGCCAGUCGCCAGUCGCCAGAGAAUAAACGUUGCUUUCGAAAGAGAUGUAGUGAAUAAAAAUGUACUUCUUUUUUAAUUUAAAUUAUCAUGUUUGUUGUUAGGGCGUUCAGAGCAUAGAACCACUCGAAAAAUAAUGUUGUAUAGAGCGCAAGGAAUAAGCGUAUUGUGUAGUCUAGGCCCAUCAAAACAAAAAUGUAUGGUAUAUAUUUGUAAUACGUUAACACAUGGAAUAUGCAUCAAAAGUAUUGCCACAGCCCCUAAAGUUAAUAAACAAAGCAACUGGAAAGCAUUGGCGAUGGGAAAGCGUUGUAAAUAACUCGGGUUGAACAUAGCAGCUUCCAGUUAAAUGCAGAAAAGAUUUAUUAUAAUACAUAUAUAUAUAUAUAUAACAUAAAUAAAUAAAGACAAUUUAUACCAUUAACAUUUGCUACUUAGAGCGAUACUUAUAAACACAACAUUGUAGUUGCAAAACUCUUUUUGGCAUUACUUAGCGAUUUAGUUUUAAAGCGAAUGUCGUAAAUCUCAAAAUAAAAUGCCUGCAAGAAUAAAUGUUA